UCUGGAGAUAGCUUCUGCUCAACCUCUAACAACACCUCGACGAUAUUCAUCUAGCCCGCCCUCCCCCUCAACCGCCGACCCUCCUACAUCCUCCAUCGACUCUCCCUUUGUGACGACGCUACACGAGCCGAGCCCUGCUCGCGUCGAACCGCCCAGCAUGCCUCCUAAGCAGAAGAAAGAAGCCAAGGUCGAGCAGGAGGAGGAUCUCGGACAUGGCAAGAUCUUCUCCGUCUCAGGACCCGUCAUUGUUGCCGAGGACAUGAUUGGUGUUGCUAUGUACGAGUUGGUUAGAGUCAGUCACGAUAACCUAGUCGGUGAAGUCAUUCGAAUCAACGGCGACCAAGCAACCAUCCAGGUCUACGAGGAGACUGCUGGUGUCACUGUCGGUGAUCCCGUCUACCGCACCGGAAAGCCCCUCUCCGUCGAGCUCGGCCCCGGUCUGCUCAACGGUAUUUACGAUGGUAUCCAAAGACCUCUCGAGAAGAUCAGCGAAAUGUCGAAGACCAUUUACAUUCCCCGCGGUAUCGCCGUCCCUGCCCUCGACCGUAAUAAGAAGUGGGAUUUCGAGCCCACCGCAAAGGUCGGUGACCACAUCUCAGGCGGCGACGUCUGGGGUACCGUCAACGAGAACUCGUUCAUUUCCGUCCACCGAAUCCUGCUCCCUCCUCGCGCCCGCGGUACCAUCACCAAGAUCGCCAGCAAGGGACAAUACACCGUCGCCGAGCCCCUGCUCGAGGUCGAGUUUGAUGGAAAGAAGACCGAGUACCCCAUGAUGCAGACUUGGCCUGUGCGAGUUCCCCGCCCUACCACCGAGAAGCUCCAGGCGAACGAGCCCUUCAUCGUCGGUCAGAGAGUGCUGGACGCCCUUUUCCCCAGUGUCCAGGGUGGUACCGUCGCCAUUCCUGGUGCUUUCGGCUGUGGCAAGACUGUCAUUAGUCAGUCGGUGUCCAAGUUCUCCAACUCCGAUGUCAUCGUCUAUGUCGGCUGUGGUGAGCGCGGAAACGAGAUGGCCGAAGUCUUGAAGGAUUUCCCCGAGCUUACCAUUGACGUUGACGGUCGCAAGGAGCCCAUCAUGAAGCGUACCACCCUCAUCGCCAACACCUCCAACAUGCCUGUCGCUGCUCGUGAGGCCUCUAUUUACACCGGUAUCACGGUCGCCGAGUACUUCCGUGACCAGGGUCUAGACGUUGCCAUGAUGGCUGACUCCUCCUCGCGUUGGGCUGAGGCUCUUCGUGAAAUUUCUGGUCGCUUGGGAGAAAUGCCUGCUGAUCAAGGUUUCCCUGCCUACCUCGGUGCCAAGCUUGCCUCUUUCUACGAGCGUGCCGGUCGCGUCGUGUCUCUCGGUUCACCUGAGCGAAACGGCAGUGUCAGCAUUGUCGGUGCCGUCAGUCCCCCUGGUGGUGAUUUCUCCGAUCCCGUCACUACUUCAACUCUCGGUAUCGUACAGGUCUUCUGGGGUCUCGACAAGAAGCUCGCGCAGCGCAAGCACUUCCCCUCCAUCAACACCUCGCUCAGUUACUCCAAGUACACCAUGGUUCUCGACAAGUGGUAUGAGAAGGAUUACCCCGACUUCCCCCGUCUCCGUGACCGCAUCAGACAGCUCUUGUCCGACUCUGAGGAGCUUGACCAGGUCGUGCAGCUGGUCGGAAAGAGUGCGCUGUCUGACCCCGACAAAAUCACGCUGGAUAUCGCCGCGCUUCUAAAGGAAGAUUUCCUGCAACAAAACGGUUACUCAGACUAUGACCAGUUCUGCCCGCUGUGGAAGACAGAGUGGAUGAUGAAGCUCAUGGUUGGCUUCCACGACGAGGCACAAAAGGCCAUUGCUCAAGGCCAGAGCUGGGCCAAGGUCCGUGAGGCCACCGGUGAUUUGCAGGCCAAGCUGCGUCAACUCAAGUUCGAGGUUCCCUCCGAGGGCCAGGAGGCUAUCGAGAAGAAGUACGAGGAUAUUCAGCAGCAGAUGCUGGACAAGUUUGCCUCUGUUGUUGACGAGUAAUCGCGUUUAAGCAUUGAGUAUUGUCCUGUUUAGUCUGCAUUCCUUGCACCGCGAAGGGAUGUCUCUGGUUUCAAUAGAUGUCUAGGGCGAAGACGCAUCAUGCAUGGUAGUUCCUUGUUUCGUAGUCUCGGCUAGUAUAUCCUAUCUGUAAAUGAACGUUACUAUAGCCGAAGUGCGCUUUACAGUUCAAAGUGAAACCGGCGUACCGCGUGGGUGAAGAUGUAGAUCGAGGUACUUGAAGGUGCAUGCAUGGCCAGCCACGUCCAACUCUACGAUAAUAAUAGAGCUCUUGCAUGAAGCCCUGGAGCUAAUCUUUGCCGUCAGUCUACCGGGCGACAUCGCCGUACCCGAUGCUUUUUAGGAGACAGACCGAACCUUACAUAGGCACACUUCCUAAGGACGUAGGCUAGAUGGCCACCAGACAGCAUGAUCGAAUUAGGGUCGAAUACUUUGGCUACAUGAGUAAACACAGCACCUGCACAAGGAAGAUCACAAACUUUCCCAUCUCAUCACCCCAAAUCUCUGUCUACAUCUACGCCAUUAUCAAAGGUGGGUCUGGUGACUACUCCUGCUUUUCGGAUGAAUACUACACGGACAGAGGGGGGGGGAGAGCCCACAUAGGUCCCAACAAUCCCAUUCCUGUCACCAGCCAGCAGGCGCCCGUCUAGGUCGACGGGUCAGGUCAAACUGGCUGGGUGGUGGAGUGGUUUACGGUCACUAAUCAAAUUACGCCCACAGCCUACUCGACGACAGGCUCCGAGCUCGAGUCCAAUUCCCAGCAAGUGCACCAGGAGAUGUAGCCACACCGGUGGUAAACUCUUUUUUUCUUUUACCCUGCUGGAUAUUCAUACGCCCAUUAAUGUAUUUACACUGACCCAAAAAGAUCCAAUCACCCCUUUCAUGAUUUACUCAUCUCUUCCUCGAGCCAAGCUGGGAUCGCAGGCGGAUGUUCCCAGCCGUCGAGGUAGCUCUGCCUGGAGAUGCCCUCACCGCUCGGCUUGGCGUAGAUACCGGUCACGUACCAGACCGCCUCGCCCUUCUUGAUGGUGUGCUGGAGCGUCGGAAUGGUGGUGCGGCUCUCGACGAGGUUGGAGUUGGGAUCGGCGUUGACGAGGUUCGCCGUCCGCUCGAUGCGGGCGCCUUCCAACGCCUUUAUGCCCACGGCACCCUUGGACACGGCAAAGGAACCGUCUUGGCCCCUUGCGAGCCCUUCGGGCGUGUUUGUGUCGUAGUUGCCAAUGAUCUUGGGGGAUGUGCCCUCGCCCUUGGCUGCGUCGUAGAGGUCGAGGUACCGCCCGUUUGUCGAGUUCUCGUUGGCAAUGGCAAAGGAGCCGUCGGCGGUCAUGACGUCGCGGCCGGCUUUGAUGUGGUGGAUGCGCAGGUGCCAGUUGGGCGUAGCCUCGGCGGGGGGCACGAGGAUGGUCUUGAUCUCGACGUCCGAGAAGGGCUUCCACACGGAGACGAGGACCGGCCCGCUGCCGUCUCUGGACUCGAUGCCGGCGUACUGCGAAAGCCGGCGCGUCUUCCAGUACUCGCCGCCGUCGUCCGAGAGGCCGAGCUGCGAGGCGAGGGCGUACUGCUCGAGGGAGAAUAGGCCCGGGGGCACGGAGUAGCCGUAGGCGCUCGAGUAGGCAAAGGCGCCGUAUUUGGCGUGGGUUCCCUUCAUGGGGUAGCUGCAGGCCUGGCCGGAGGAGAGGAGCAUGCAGUGGCCGCCAAUGUUGCUCAUGAUGUGGCCUGGCUGCGAGAGGGGCUUGAGUUUGGGGAUCACGUCCCAGGCCUGUUCUUCCUUUGAUGUCCAGAAGGGGUGGUCUUCGGGGACUGCGAGGCAGAUGAAGGCUAGGCAGGCCCAGUACUGGCAGGAGACAUCAGUCAGCUACAAACUUGUAGAAGUCAUGGUUUAUACAGGGG